GACCCACAGGCACAGCUGUUGGGGGGCGUCGCCCCAGACCUGGGCUGUGGGGCAGGAGGGCAGCAGGGGCUUGUGGCCCGGCAGGCAGGUCCGGGGGCCGAGCCUGCUCAGCCCUCCCCACGGCCCCCGGUGCAGCCCGGCCAGCGUGCGGUGGCAGGGGAGGCCAGCGUGAGGGCCGCGUGGCCUGUGGGGCUGUCCCCCGUCUGCCCCAAGCACAGGCCUCGGCUGCCUGGUGUCCCCCAGAGCGGGGGGGGGACCCUCGGGCCUCGGACACACGGGGUGUCACCUUCGCAGGUGAGCAGCUGCAGUGGGAACCCGCGGGCUCUUGGACAGCAGUGGCCGAGUGUCCACCCUAGGCCAAAUCCUCCACUUCCCGCGGGGCACCUGGGACAGCCACCUGGAAACACCCCAGGACACCCCCUGUCCCGGAGCCAGCACGAGUGAGGGGCCAGGCACCCCCCUGCCCCUGCUGCCUCAUGGCGCCGCCCCCCAUCUGGGUGCUCUGGCCGCUCCUGCUCCUCGGGCCCUCCCGGGGCUCUCCGCAGACCGUAUGGGACAGCCUGUCCUGCACCGAGGUGGUGACCGUGCCCAGGGGCCAGCCGGCCCUGAUGUCCUGCAACGUCACCAGCCCCUUAAUCCACGUCGUCAUCCACCUGAGGGUCCCCGGAAAGGACCCCCAGCUCCUCUUCAGGGUGGACGCCCCAGGGGAUUUCUCCAGCGCUGGGUGGCGGCUCCUGGUGCACGGAGGCCAGGCCCAGCUGGUCAUCCCGGACGCCCAGCCCUCCCAGGCGGGUCAGUACUCCUGGUACCUUGCAGGACGCCAAGGACGCACAAGGCAGACCAGACUGGAGGUGUCAG